CUGGUGGGCAGCAUGUUCUACGCCUACUUCACGCCCAUGGUGUUCGUGGUGGGUAUGGUCGGGAAUUCCCUGUCGCUGUGUGUCUUCCUCUCCAAGAACAUGAGACACCUCUCCGCCAGUACCUACCUCGCCGCACUCUCCUUUUCCGAUAUCAUCAACCUUAUCUUCUACGUUCUCUACGAGUGGUUGACGCGAGGACUCCGCGUCAUUACUUCCGGGUCACAUGUUUCUUUCUUACAUAUCGACGGAGCUUGUCACGUGAUUAUGUAUUUACAUUACGUUUCAAGAUUUUUAUCUGCUUGGUUGGUGGUCGCUUUCACGAUUGAAAGAUACAUUGGCGUGUGCCACCCUUUGCGGCGUAAGCACAUCUGCACGCUGUCCAGCACUAAAAGGAUUGUCGCAGGAUUGCUGGUGCUUGCUUUGUUAGUCAACAUCUUCAAACCUUUACUGACCGUGUCCCAUCAUGUUGAUAUGUGGGGUCAAGCCUGCACAACCAACCCCAAAUACAAACAGCUGUCGUUUAUCCUCGACUCCAUCUACGCCGUCAGCAUUACAUUCGUCCCCUUCGUCAUCAUAUCCGUCUUGAACAUCAGCAUCAUCCGAACGCUCUUCCUCCACAACAGACAACAGAGGCUGAUCCGGACUCUAAUGGAGAAGAGCGCUAUCAAGCUCGAGUUCACCAUCAUCCUCCUCAUCGUCUCCUUCUGUUUUGUGGCCUUGAACUUGCCCUACUUCGCCACGUGGUGUAAAGUCUUCCUGUCCUCGAAUUUCGUCAAGCUCGUGUCCUUGCAGGACCUCGACGAGAUCAUCUACUUCCGGGGCGUGACCUUCAUCGCACGCGCCAUCUUCUACAUCAACUACUGCAUCAACUUCUUCCUCUACUCCAUCACCGGCGCGUACUUCCGGCGUGAGCUCAAACGCCUGUUCGUCCCCCACGCGCAUGACUACCACACGUGCGAGAGCCCCCAGGACAAGAAACGGUUCUCCACAAACUCCCACAACUUCCGGCUCCUCCCCUCAAAAACUUCCGACAUUGGGGACAGUCUUAAAAAGAUUAGUCCCCCCUCCACUCAUGACACGUGGGUGUAG